AUGACAUCAGUGAAAACUCUCUUUUUGUCUGUAUUGUCGGAGCAGUGCACCAACGACCAGUACCAGCGAUGUCUCUCUUCCCUGGAGAGCGUCACCAAAGGUGAAGACAUCACCCUGGUCACCAGUAAGCCUGAGCUUCACCAUGUCUGCAGGAAACUGAAGCGUGUGGUGGACUGCGUGGACAAACACACGGCGCAGUGCUUCGACGCCGCGCUUCAGCGGCUCUUCAACCAAGUGGUGGCGGGUGCGAAGGAAACCAUCGCCGAAGUCUGCCUGCCGGGAGAUACGCAGGACGACUUCCUCCGCCACGCCAGAUGCAACCGGAAAGUGACUAUGGACGAGACCAAGUGCGCGCCUGCUUACCGGAGGACCCUGGAACUCGCCAAGACAGUCAGCCAGACACAAGAUGUGGACCGGGGUCUCAGACGCUCCUGUUGCGCUUUCAGUGAGUUCGUGGAGUGCAAGAGCUUCCACGUGAGUCGGGACUGCGGAGAACGGGCGAGCGAGUUCUUUGCCAGGCACAUGGAACGCAUCUCGGGGCCUUUGAUCGAGGACCACUGCGGACCAUACGCCCACGGAGCCUGCGUAUCUGCUGCCACGGAUGCCGCCACACCCGCCAGCAUGCGCGGUUCUUACGGAACUUUAUCCACUAUCCUUCUUGUCCUGACAUCCGUCGUGUACACUGCCGGUUACCCCUGCCCUAGGAAUUCCUGCGGCAGCUGGCCGUGA